UAUGCUGGGUCAAGUUGGCCCAUCUUUAUCAGAUAGAGGUCGCCUGCGUUCUUCACAUGAAACUUGUAACCAGACCCGUACUGCGCUGUUGGACUUUGGGGGGGGAGGCAAUGAUGGUACAAUCCCCAGUGGUAGGUUCCCGGCUCUGUUGGGCGAACGAACAGAAUGCACCGAGCGGUAUAUUCGCCAUGGUUUCGAAAACCCGACGACACAGGAGUGCGGUCAUCGGUCCGAAGAUCCGGUAAGGGAUGACAUCAACUGCGCCCCUUUAAUGGACGCCCCCUGCGACUUUCCCACCAUGCAAGACGAGGUACCCAACUACGGCUCAGCGUCCGUGACGCUCGAAUGCGUACCAGAGCACCACAUUCUAAUCACUGAAGGGAAUGAAUUUGAUGAUCCCGCGCACUACAGCCGUCACGUUCGUCUAUAUACUCUGCUCGUACCAGUAGCGACGCUCUGCGCCUUUGCACUCAGCCUCAUUCCGUUAUUGGUCCUUCCACUUCCCAAAAAUAACCAGCAUUCCGAACUUCCGUUUCCUGUACCCGAAAUUCUCAUUUCUGUAGCACUCUGCUCAGUGUCGUACCACCUCCCCGAGAGCACAGACAUACUGUUCUGGGCCACCGUGCGCUCCGGGCUCAUUUUCAUCGCUCCGACGCUUCUGGGUGUACUUCACCAAGCGGAUUACGCCAUACCCACCAUUCGAGACCCUGCAUUUGUGCGAGUCUGGGUUGUGGGGCUGGCAUGGGCGGCGACCGACGCUUUUGUGGGUAUACGAAGUGCUUACAGGUCGUUUAGCCUGUACUCGCCGUUGGAGGAGAGGGAGCAGGAGGAGCUGCUGAGCAGACAGGAGGAGGAUGGGUCCAGCUCGGUGUCGACGUCGUUUUCCCUCCUCUCGCACCUUCGAGCGCGAGCCGAGCUCGAAGAAGCGAUAGGAGAACCAUUUAUUGAGAUCCCGUUAUUCGUGUUCGUGCUCCAGCGCGUCGGGUCCCUGCUGUUUUCGCUGGGAACGGCACUGUUCUUGACGGCGUCUCUGUACUCGUAUGCGCCUCACCCUACGUCCGUGCUCGUGUGGUGGUGGACGUUCCCAUUGGUGAUAGUUCUGCAGGCUGCGGCGCAGGGCUUUCAAAGACCGCACGUAAAAGUCUAUGUUGGUAUGGUCAUCGGAUUGGGCAUAUUCUUUGCGGGGUUGGGGGUAUGGGGAGCGCUGGAAUGAGUGAGGAUACCACAGGGAUAGUAAUACCAUCACGAUCUCGAAAUCUGUGCUCUUUUUUAUGUGAUUGUGUGGACAUUUGGACAUUUGACUGUAUCUUGUAUUUUGUACUAUUACCUCUGAAGUCUGAAAAGUUCAGGCUUAUGAAAAGAUUGGAGACAGAGUGAAAGGCGUAAUCCUAUUUGC